UUUCAUUCACAGAGAAAAAAAAGAAAAGAAAAGAGAAAAACUUCACUCUCCCACUUCCCUUUUUACUCUCUCUUUCCUGUUUCCAAAGCUUCUCUCUAUAUUUUUUUAAAAAAAAAUGAAUAACUCUUCGUCUUCUUCUUCUUCUUCUCCACCUUCUUCUUCAAAUUGGCUUGCCUUUUCUCUUUCUAAUCAUCCCGACUCUCUUUCUCUCUUCCAUCCUAAUCCUAAUCCUAAUCCCAAUCCUAUUCCUACUGAUCUUUCUAUCUUCUCCCCCACCGUCCCCAAGCUUGAGCACUUUCUCCGGCCACCGCCGCCAUCUCACUACUCUCCUCAUCAUUCUCAGAUUUGUGAUUCUGAUCUCAAAACAAUAGCUGCCAGCUUUCUCCGUGGACCACCCACCUCUCAUUUCCCUGACCAACACUUUCAACAUCUCCACGCGCCACCGCCGCCGCCGCCUACUCAACCCGAUACCCCUCCGCCCCCUCCCCCUAAGAAGGCUGUUGAUACUUUUGGCCAACGCACUUCUAUUUACCGUGGUGUCACUAGGCAUAGAUGGACUGGACGAUAUGAAGCCCAUUUGUGGGAUAAUAGUUGCAGAAGAGAAGGUCAGAGUAGAAAAGGAAGACAAGUUUACUUGGGUGGUUAUGACAAAGAAGAAAAAGCAGCCAGAGCUUAUGAUCUCGCAGCUCUCAAGUACUGGGGUCCGACCACCACCACCAACUUUCCGGUGUCCAACUACGAAAAAGAACUGGAGGAGAUGAAGAAUAUGACCAGACAAGAAUUUGUAGCUUCGUUAAGAAGGAGAAGCAGUGGUUUUUCUAGAGGUGCUUCUAUCUACAGAGGUGUAACUAGGCACCAUCAACAUGGCAGAUGGCAAGCAAGAAUCGGAAGGGUUGCUGGAAAUAAAGAUCUCUAUCUUGGAACAUUCAGCACACAAGAAGAAGCAGCCGAGGCCUAUGAUAUAGCAGCCAUAAAAUUCCGAGGGCUAAACGCGGUCACAAACUUCGACAUUAGUCGUUACGACGUUAAAAGCAUUGCUAGUAGCAACCUUCCCAUAGGAGGGAUGUCUGGCGCCAAAUCCAAAACCACCUCUGAUUCUGCUGCUUCCGAUGGUGGCAGCCGAUCGACCGACGAACGUGAUGUCCACCAUUCUCCUCCAUCUUCAAGUACCUCAACUUUCAUCUCCUCGUCAUCACAGCCAAACAACAACUCCUCGAGUACUCUAAGCUUCACAAUGCCGAUCAAACAAGACCCAUCGGAUCAAUACUGGUCCAUCCUCAGCUAUAACCCCGAUGCCUUCAAUGCAAAUCUUCCCAAACCGGACGAUAAUAAUGUUCCAGUACCAUUGUUUCAACAACCUGAAUCCACAAUGUUUCCCGCCAUCACGGAGCUAGGAUCGAGCGGGUCAGGGAUGACGGAAGGCGGGAUGUAUGUACAACAACAGCAACAGUAUGGAACGCCAAUGGCAUUUGCAAAAGCAAGUUUUUUUCAGACACCAAUUUUUGGUAUGGAAUGAAGAAAAAGGGGUUUGAAAAUUGAAGGUGGUUGGGGGGGGGGGGGGGGGUUUGACCAAGGAUCCAACUUAGAAUUAUAGACUCAAAAAAAGGAUCUAGUGGACUGACAUUUUAGGAAUAGCUAUUAGCUAAGCUGACUCUACUUAUGAAAUUGUACUGACUUUUUUUUUUUUUUAGACUGUAUGUUUCAAAUUAAGUCCAUUUGAGUUUUUCUUUUUUCUGCAUUUUCUUUAUGGUCAAUCACUGACUAUAUUUUGUCUUUAUUAUGGGGGAAAAUUCUAAAAAAAAUGGCUUUUUUUCAGUGUAAUCUUUCUUCUCGUUUAGAUUCUUGUAAAUAGUGGUUAAUGGUAUUGGAAUUUCCUAUUUCACUUGA